GGUUACCCGGUGUAUAUGCUGCCUGAAUGACCUCACUUUGUCUAUGGUAACUCCUAGGUAGGCUAGUGAGUUAGAAGAGACGACCUGGGUACCUCCAAGCAUGAAGCUUCUAGAAAAUGUCUCCAAAGUAUUUCGAGGUAGUCUUCAAAUUCCUUGUAUGGGCUAUAUGGCGAAAAGUAGCACUAGUAGAUAUUUACACCAGGUUACCACAGCUGAGGAAGAUUGGAAAUGCCGUUUGCACCCACCCGCUCUACCAACUGACGAAAUAACCUGGAUAUGUUCAGAAUGCGGAGAUUGGAUGUGUAAACCUAGCGUAGAAUUGCCAAAGAUCAACAUGACCCUGCACGAAGCACUCCAGAAUCCCGUUUUAGGAAUAUCUGAGCCGUUAUGCGACGAUCUGGUGAAUCGCCGUCAAAUAGCGAAGAUUCGAUGUCACAGGACUCACGACCGUACAGUCUUGGAAGUGACGGCCGGAGACUUCUUUUUACCGUUACUGAAUACACUACCGAAAAAAUUCGAUCCCACGACCUUCAAAACCCUGAGAGAAUUUAGACCGGCAUUAAAAAGGCACAAGGAUAAGGAUUCGAACGAAGGCACGCCUGAAAAACAGUUCAAGCCUUCUUCUAGCGAACCUCAGCCUUCGACUUCGACAGCCACAGAUGAGUCAAAAAACCAGCUCUCAGAAGAAAGUUCUCAUAAGCAUACCCAAGGAAAGAAUAAAAAUGUCUCAGGUCAUUGCUCAAUACCCGCCACGAAGUCAACCAAGAACCAUUACGCGGAAGCAUACGCCUCUGAUACUAAAAUCAUCAAAGUCAACUCAUCAAAUCAAGGUAGUACCUCCAAGCUCCCAGAAAGAAACCAGUACUCCGCUCUCAUUGGAACAGAAAUUACUGCUGCGCUCUCGGCAAACGCAACCAGUGCUGGAAAACCCAAUCAACGAGGUGGCACCAGUGAUUCGCAAGUAGGAGCUAUCCCUUCAAUCCGCACCACGUCCAAGCACACUGUCUCCCAAGAUUCAAGACUCACAUCCAAUAACUUCAGUGGAAACUCAGUCUCAAACGCCAGCUAUCGGCCAGCAGUUGGUACGCAACACGAUACCACAAAGUUUGAUAAGCCCACAACCAAUCAGCAAGACUCUGCAAGUUCACGACACUCAACCCAACACCUCAAAAGGACCGAGUACACCACAGCCUGUAAGGAACGACAAAAUUACGGAUCCUCAGCCCAGCACCUCAAGGAAACCACUAUUACUACGAGUGAAAACACCUGUGUGGCUCAGUACAGCGGAUGUACCUCAACCUCGGGGAACCAGCUCAGAAUUAAUAAUCGCAAAAAGUCAAGCGGUUUUACCCCAGACCAGCAAAGCAUCAACAGCAGUGACACCUUCCAAACAGCGAGCCAACAUUCUGCAACCCAAGGUGAUUACCUUGGCUCAGCAUCAGCCAUGCCUAUUUCAGGAAACCAGUUUACUAUCAACAUCCCAGAACUCCAGGCAGAAGUACCUGCGGCCAGCCUAGUAAAAACUACGGCCAAGGAGGUCAGUCUGCCUCAGCCAAGGGAACAUCAGGGAUCCAGUUCCAAAUCAGUUCUGAGAAGCAAAGCGGAAGUAUCUCCAAUUCCAGUCAACGUGGUCACUCUUCCUAUACCAGUGGUACCUCCGGGGAGUACUCCUCGAGUAAAGACGCUCUCUAUCCUUCAGAUAGUGCCGCCUCGAACAACAAACGCACGGGCAGUACCCCAGCCACCAUCUGUCAGUCCGCAUUCAACAACAAGACUUACUUCACCACCAGUAGUACAAAAAAUGACUGUCAAACGUCAAAUUUUGGAUAUGCCACAACAAAUAGCUUAUGUGACUCAGCAAGAAGUCAGUCAUGUAGUGGCCAGGGAUAUGACACAACAGGAAUUAACAUCUGCCAAGCCUCAGGAAGUCAGUCUAACGUUGAAGGAUAUGGCUCAACAGGACCUCCAGUCUACGUCUCAGAAUAUUCGAGAACCCAGUCCUUCAAACAGUCAGACUCUAACAGAAGCUGGGACGAGGGGGAUGGACCGACUUAUUCAGGCAGCUCGAAAUUUCGAUGCUCGCCAAAAGGAGAAGCACAAUAUAACUGUUCAGAAGCAGCGAAUCCAAGCAGGCAACCUCCAGGACACACAACUCAUACUACAGGCCUCGCUAGAAAUGAAGUGCACGCUACAGGAAGUCGGCCAGGGUCAACCAUCUUCAUCAACUCAGGCAGCAUCGUUACAAAAGGACAUCCCAAUCGUGUCUCCCAUGAAGACACAUCAGAUAUUAACAGAAAUCUAUCCUUGGCUAGAAGGGAGCAGACUGAGCACACCAUCCCCAGAAUUUGCUCAGUUAGUGCAACAGAUAACAACAGAGGUUCACAAUCCUUCGACGUUGCAGGAGGACAGCCCGGUUCAACAAAUAGAGACCAGUCCACCUCAGUUGCCACUAGAGGACUUGAUGGAUCAACUGUCUUCCUUACAAGAAACCGAUCCAACAUCACCAGAUAUCAAUCCGCCUCGAUCACUGCCAGAGGAACUAUUUCAGAUCGAAAACCUGGAUCACUUAGUCAGUCAUAUAACUCAAAAAACCAACAGCAUGCCGACUACACCUCCACAGGAGUCGCACAAACUUCCAGUAGAGAUGAAUCUUCGUCUCCAACAAGAAAUCAGUCCUUCUCCUACCCUGUUAGGCAGUUCAUCUCUGCAUGCGAUGGAAAAGGAUCAUCUGCCUCCACAACCCAUCUGCCACAAAGUCAGUCCUUCUAUCAGAACCUACAGUCAUAGAUCCUCAAAAACUCCGUCGACUACAGGGCACCUUAUCAUGGAAACAACGAAGAUGCGGCGAUGCAGCAAAUCCAACCAGAAUCGGACAUGA